UCUCCUUCCUCCCGAAGCAAAAGCUCCGACAGCUGGAGUCCGCUAUAAAACCGCCGCGCAACUGAGGCCACCACGACAAAGCAUAUCGCCAUCCCCAUCCAUCUCCAUGGACGCCAACCUCUUCGCUAACCUCGACCUUGACGCCCUCCUCGCCUCCUUCUCCGGCGUGGAGCCGGCCGCCGUCUCUGGCCUCGUCGUCCCGUCUCCUCCGCCGCCGAUGCACGACGCGGAGGCGGGGUCGCCGGAGUCGGUGACCUCCCGGGCGAAUCCUCCUGGGGAGGAGGUGCUGUCGGAGAUCGAGAGGUUUCUGAUGGAGGAGGGGGAGGCGGAGGUGGGAGGGGUGGUGGAGGGGAUCAGCGUGGAGGAGUUCUUCGACGCGCUGUACGACGGCGGGGAGGUGGAGAGGGAGGAGAAGGGGAAGGAGAGCGAGGCGGGCGGAAGCACGGAUGGGGACUCCGGGAGGGAGGAGGAGGAGGUGACGCCCGAGGCGGAAAAGGUCGAGGUAGAUGGCGAUGAUCCCGUCAGCAAGAAGAAGAGGAGGCAAAUGAGGAACAGAGAUUCUGCCAUGAAAUCGAGGGAGAGGAAGAAGACGUACAUAAAGGAUUUAGAGACGAAGAGCAAGUAUUUAGAGGCCGAGUGCCGCCGCCUCAGCUACGCACUCCAGUGCUACGCAGCUGAAAACAUGGCACUGCGCCAGAGCGUGCUGAAGGAUAGGCCUGUUGGUGCUCACACAGCCAUGCAGGAGUCUGCCGUACUCACGGAAACCCUGCCGCUGGUUUCCCUGCUUUGGCUGGUGAGCAUCGUGUGCCUAUUCCUAAUGCCCGGUCUACCCAACCGAAGCCCGGCUGCUCCAAGAAGCACCGGAAGAGAUCUCGUGACGGUAGCCAGAAAGACAAGCAGUGAAAUACCAGAGAUACUGGAACUAAUCCUCCAUGGAAGGCGUUGCAAGGGCACAAGGGCGAAGAUCAAGCUAGAUACCUUACCAUUCCAUGCAGCUGCUGCUUGCUAGGGAUUCAGCUUGCUAUAACCUUCCAGUCUGUAGUGUACUUGCUAGGCUUAGCAUGCCCAGCGUCAUGCUGCAGCCACCCGAUAUCCAUGGACUAUGUUGUUUUUUCUUCUUCUCUUUGUUCUAUAAUCCCUAUCCUAUCCAGAAUAGUUUUGAAAUCGGAGUUAUUUGUUAUUUUCUGUUUUGUCAUCUUGUCGCUCCAGGAUAGUAGUCGGGAUAAAAAAAAGUCAGUAUGAAUUUAUCCGUGCUUAGACCGUGGAUGAGUGGAUCCUGAAUAUAUCUUCAAUUCGUUCUUCACAAUUUAUGCAAAUUUCGAAGAACAAAUCAACUGUA